AUGGCGGGGGCAGUGCCCAAGUCGCGAAGGGUGUCUAGUAUAUUCCGUCCAGGACUGUUUAAGGAUAAAGUUGCUAUUGUGACGGGAGGGGGAACAGGAAUCGGAAAAGCUAUAACACAGGAACUUCUUCAUUUAGGCUGCAAAGUGAUGAUAGCAUCACGCAAUUUAGAGAGACUGGAACAAGCGGCUGAGGAGAUGCGCUCAGGCAUUCCCCAGGAUUCCCCAGCACAAAUCGAACAUGUGGAGUGCAACAUCCGUAAAGAGCAGCAGGUAAAGACUUUAAUCUCAAGUACGUUGGCUAAGUUUGGAAAACUGGAUUAUUUGGUGAACAAUGGAGGUGGUCAGUUUCCAGGCCCAGCAGCCAGCUUCAGUCUUAAGGGAUGGAAUGCUGUUAUAGAAACCAACCUUACCGGCACAUUUUUGUGCUGCAGGGAAGCAUAUAACCAAUGGAUGGCAGACCAUGGAGGCGUAAUCCUAAAUAUUAUAGCUGAUAUGUGGAAGGGUUUCCCCAGUAUGAGUCACACAGGAGCAGCGCGAGCCGGGGUGGAUAAUCUCACGAAGUCCUUAGCACUGGAAUGGGCGGCAAAUGGCGUCCGAGUGAACUCUGUUGCCCCAGGUAGCUCUAUUUAUUCUGAGACAGCUGCAGCCAACUAUGGAGAUAUGAAGAUAUUCGAGGGGGCAAUUCCAUACAUACCAGCAAAGCGGCUGGGGAAAACCGAAGAGGUGUCUGCUGCUGUCUGUUUCCUGCUCUCCCCAGCUGCAGCGUACAUAUCAGGGGAAACUCUGAAGGUCGAUGGUGCAGCCAGUCUGUACAGAAGUCUGCUCAACAUACCGGAACACAACAAAAUACCAGCAUUUUCCUGGGAUAUUGAUGAAACUGAUCCGACGAAAUCGAAAUUGUGACCCCAUAGUUAAUUGUUUCUCUCGAGUAUGUUCGCCAGGUGAAUAUAUUACUGAGGGAACUGUUGUAAGGAAACAUUCUGAAGUUACUUGAUUAAUACCUGGAUUAUUUUCCACCAUUACCUGAUAGAUAUGUCGAAAAUUUUCCACUGUUAUUUGAUUGAUUGUUUUUAAAAAAAUCUCUACCGUAUACUUGAUUGAUGACUCAAAGAUUUCGGACAGUUAAUUGAUUGCUAUCUCAAAAAUUUCGAACAGUUAAUUGAUUGCUAUCUUAAAAUAUUUCUACGGAAUAUUUAUACAGAACUUUAUUUGAAAAAUGUCUGAAAAUAUUUUCUAGUUUUAUUUGGAUGAGCAUUUUAAAAAUGUUUAAUCUGGUAACUGCUUUAUGAAAUUACGCACAGAUAAUCUAGAAUAUUUGAAUUAAAAUCAAUAAAAUAACCCAGGUUUCUAUUUGAGAUGCAUCAGUGCUUGUAUAUCGUAAUUUAUGUAUGUAGCUGUUAAUCAGUUAUUGACUAGGCAUGUAAACAAACAGAAUCUUGUUUAAAUGCUUGGGCAUAGACGGUGUCUGUUCAAUCACAGCCUAGAACGGGAAAUUUCUGGAUUAUUGUUUGUGAGACCUUGGUGAAAAUGAACGUCGCCGGCGUUCAUGAGGCCGUUGGUGUAUAUAGUCUUGGGCUUCUUGCAGACAACUUGUCUGCCACGAAUAUGACGCAGAAGUCUGUAAGUUGCACGUGGAAAAGUUACCAGAAAGCUACAUGUAUGGUUACCUCCGGAACGUCUGAUUUCUUUCACCAAUAAAAAUGCCAUCAUAUAUAUUUUUUUUAAAAAUUCAGUAUAUGGCAAAUACUGUCAAAUGAAAAGACAAUAAACAAGAUUCUAAGCAAGAACCUCUGAUGUUUUGGUAUAUGUUGGACACAAACCACAGAAGAAGUAAGAAAGUAUAUAAGGUACGAAAUUAAGACGCAUCCAUGCAACGAGAGGAAAUAAACAG